UGUUAUACCAUUUAAUUAUGUAAAUACAUUAAAAAUAGAUGUUAAUAAUAUAAGUAAUCAUGAUAUAAAAGUUCAGGCGUAUGGUGGUUUCUGGUUGAAGGUCAGAGGUAAAAUUAAAUUGAGGUGCAGUAUGGAUGGGAACAGUGUCGAUAUUGAAUUUAUAGUUAUUGAAAAUGAUAACAUCAGACCGUUAUUGGGUAGAGAUACAUGUAAACAGUUAGGUUUGUUAGUACAGGUUGUUGAUAUGGUAACUAAUAGUGAGAAAGAAAAAUUUAUGAAAAAGAACAAAAAUAUAUUUGAAGGACUAGGAAAACUUCCAUUUAAAUAUAAGAUUACACUAAGGAAAGAAUGUGUGCCAGUUGUAAGACCUCCGAGAAGGGUUCCUAAUGUUAUAAAGGCAAGGUUAAAAACUACAUUAGAAAACGUAGAGAAAAGUGGUGUUAUACAAAAAAUUGAUAAUCCAACAGACUGGGUAAAUAAUUUAGUAAUAGCAGAGAAAAAAAAUGGUAAUUUAAGAAUAUGUUUAGAUCCUAAAUUUUUAAAUCAAGCCAUUAAAAGAGAACGUUCUUAUAUACCAACGAGAGAUGAUAUAAAAAAUAACUUGGUAGGGAAGAAAUGGUUUACUGUAAUGGAUAUGAAAGAGGCAUUUUACCAUAUUGAGUUGGACGAUGAGUCAGCAGAUUUAUGCACGUUUAUAACACCUUUUGGUAGGUACAGAUUUUUGAGAUUACCUUUUGGGGUAAUAACAGCACCAGAAGUGUUUCAGAAAAUGGCAAUGGUUGCAUUUGAAGGUAUUGAUGAGGUGACUGUCUAUUUUGAUGAUUUAAUAAUUGCAACAAAAACUGAACAAGAACAUAGAGAUGUGCUAGCUAAAGUAGUGGAUAGAGCUAUUAAGUGGGGAAUAAAGUUUAAUUCUGAUAAAAUUCAGUAUAUGGAAAAAAGUGUGAAGUAUAUGGGUAUGAUUUUUAGUGAAAUGGGUGUAUUGCCAGAUCCAAUGUUAACAGAGGCAAUAAGUAGAAGGAGAGAACCAAAAAAUGUCUCAGAGGUACAACAAGCGUUAGGACUAGGGAGUUAUCUAACUGAAUUUAUCCCAAAUCUAGCAAAAAUAACCAGCCUUUUAAGAACUUUAAUAAAAAAAAAAAAAGUGAUUGGAAAUGGGAAAGUGAUGAAAAAGAGGCAUGGCUGAAAUUUAAGGAAUGUAUUUGUAAUCCACCUGU